UCCACCGUUAUGACUCGCUCCAUCUUUUUUUAUCUGCGAAGGUAUCAGGGAGGUGGUUCCGGUGGGGCAGUGGGGAGCGACGGAUGUCUUCUUCCACUAGCCUCCCGAGCUCCGGCGUCGGAGGAGGCGGCGGGCCGUGGCCGUCGAUGACGUCGGUGACAUCGUCGGGGAAGAGGAUCCAGAAGGAGAUGCUGGAGCUCAACGCCGAUCCCCCCGCCGAUUGCUCCGCCGGGCCCAAGGGCGACAAUCUCUACCACUGGGUCUCCACCAUGAUCGGACCUCAAGGUUCUCCAUAUGAAGGUGGAAUAUUUUUUCUUGACAUCAUGUUUCCACCUGAUUAUCCAUUCAAUCCCCCCAAGGUUACAUUUAAAACUCGGAUAUACCACUGUAAUGUCAACUCUGCUGGAAAUCUAAAUCUGGACAUCUUGAAAGAUGGUUGGAGUCCUGCUCUGACAAUUUCAAAGGUGCUGCUGGCCAUUAAAUCAAUCAUCACCAAUCCUGAUCCAUAUAACCCGUUAGUAUCAAGCAUUGCUUGUUUGUAUUUGUCAGAUAGAGCUAAACAUGAUGAAAUAGCUGCUGAGUGGACUAUGCGUUUUGCCAGAUAAAGUUAUCAGCUUCCUGAUAACCAGAAAGCUAAUGCAGAGAAUUUGGCGAAAUUUAUGAUCAUAGAAAGAAAAUUUCCUGCAAUAGUUUGAGAAGCUGGAUACAGCCCUUCUGAUGAUCAUUACAUCAUACAUCUUUGAUAAGCAACCGAAUUUGUUUUUAGCUGUAAAUAGUUUGUUCCUUUAUGUUUUUCCAGGUAAGGACUCUGACUUGUAGCAUGACUAUUGCAAGAGAGAAUCAGAAAACACUAUGUGCUAUUAAAAUGUAUCAGAAUGGCCUUGCUUUUGUUGUGAACUUGUUUUCUUGAUGAGCUAAACAUUCUAUAAGUGGCACACAAACUUCCGAAUGUGUGCUUGCAUUAUUUGAGCUCAACAUCAUGUUUGAGGACUUUAAACUUUUA